AAUUUAGGAAAUCAUGGAAUGUUUUCUGACCAUCUGAGGAAUUUCUGAUUUCAAAUUAUGAUAUGGCGGACGGAAGAUUGACGAACGUGUUUCGUUUUCGUUAUUUUUCUCUGAUUUGGUGUUUUUUAAGGUCUAAAUAGACAAUAAUUUGCAAAAAGUAAACAACAUCAAACCUUGUUUCUGCUAUGGCAUUGACAAAAUCUGAAGUUGAAAAGUAUAUCAGUAAAAUCGAAGGACGAUUGAGUCCACACGAGCGAAACCUGAAAGGUUUAAUAUUUGCCGAUUUAUUUAAGAAGGCUGGAGAAUUAAAAACGGCAAAAAGGUAUACACUUGCCUACAUGAGUGCAAACAGCAAUGAUUACAGAGCUCACAAAUUUCUUGGUGAAUUGUUUGAAGAAGGUCAAGAUUAUCAAAGAGCUUUGGAGUCCUACAAAAGAUCAUUUGCAAUAAACAAUUCUCAAAAUGAUGUUCUCCUUAAAAUUGUUAAACUUUACACUGAACUGAAGAUUGAUCCUGAAAUUGCCAAGGCUUGGGCUGAUCAUGCAAGUAAACGAAUACCUGGACAUCCAGCUAUAUUUGACUUGCAAGUUCACUUACUUGAGUUAAAGAGACCUUCUAAUUUUGAUGAGUUGAUUGACCUGAUUGCAGGCGAACUGACCCAACGGCCACAUGAUAUUUCUGUACAUACAAGAUUGGUGGAGACCUACAUUAAAAUGGACCAUCUGGAUGAUGCCUAUGAACAUUGUGUAUCAGUGAACAAGACAAAGGCAUUUCAUAAAAACUUGCCAUGGUUUGUCCAGACUGUUGGUGUUUUAGAGAAAUACCUAGAGUUUAUAGAAGCACAAGUUGUAAACCAUUCUCCAAUGUCAAGACAAAGUAUUUUACAAGAAAUUUACAUGGCUCUAUUGACUUCAUAUUGUAACCUCAUUGAGCUCAAUCUCUCUCAAUCAACCCUGAGAAGAUCUUCAAGAUCACUUUUAAGGCUUGAUCAGUUAUUGUACCAAGCAAUAAAUCUUGACAAUGGUUUUAGUAAUUCUACUGAUUUAAGUGAAGCAAAUGAAUGGGAUGUUGCAAUCACAGAAAUCAGAGCUCAAUUAUAUAUGCUGAGUGGUAAUUUGCUAUUAAGACUGGCUAAGGAGGGUUACUCAACAUGGUCUCAAUCGUUAGAAAUGGCUACGGCCUGUUAUGUAACAUCUUAUCGUGUCCCUGAACCAGAAAUGACGUCAUCUUGGGUUGCAAAAUCAUCGAGUGAAAGAAAUCCCAUCAUGUGGUCCAUUUUAGCUUCUUCACGUCUGAGUGUCACUGGACAUUUGAUCCUUGCUACACUAAAUCGUUAUGGUGAAGAAAAAAUUAACAACAUACUUUUGAAUUUGUGCUCACCUCAGGGGCAAGAGGACAUUAUAUCUACUUUAUAUGGUCACGACAACGACUUCUCUAAGUUGUUUUUGAGUGAAGACGAAUCAUUUCUAACUCCAGAAUUCAUCAUACCAGGUCAACUUAUAAAAUACGAUGAAGUGCUUAUUAACAAAAAUCCUCUGAAUCUUGAUCUGAUAAUCUGGAUUGGUCUUCAAUGGUAUCAACAUGGCCAGGAAACAGAAGCUGGAAUUGAAAUUUUAGUAAGUCAGUUGUUUGAAGGAUUGCGGAUGGAUGUUCAUGACGUGUCUCAAUGUGCUGCAGACUUUGUUUGUCUCCGAGAUAUUGAGGCGUUUAUUUAUGCUGUUAUUAAAUGCAGCGCCCAUGAAAUAUUUGAAGAUCUUGAUGUUGUUUAUGAAUACUAUCAGCCAAAACUACUUCCAUUAUGUCUCUGUGAUUCCCUCUCUAUCCCUACACAAAAGGAUUGGUGGAGUUCUGUAUAUGCACUCUUUCGUGGAACACAAAGUGUAUCUGGGAGUGGUAAAGCCAAAAUGAAAGUUCAGCAAGGACUUGAACAAAUACGUGUGAUAAAGAACGAAGGAAUGCAUCCUAAGCUUGUUACUCAUUUAGCCACAAGUUUUGGCCAAAAGUCGUUGUUAUUGAAAGAUGCUGCAGGGUAUUCGCAGUGGUUCUACUCUGUUCAUUGGAAGAGUUUUCAGUUUAGGAGUUUGCAUUACUGGAACGUUGCAUUGAGCCUUUUUGAAGACAUGAAGAGGAAUAAAAAUCCAGGUUGCCCAAAAGAUCCGCUGUUUCCGCAUAAUCUCAGCUAUUUCGAGCACCACGAUAUUCAUCGAUAUUUCCGAGAAGCGUGUAUGACUCUGGGUGAAGCAGCUGUAGAGAGAGGAGAUUUUGAACAUGCAUUGAACCUUUUUUCUCGUGUUGAGUCAUCGCAUGCCGCGUGGAAUGAAGCUCAGAUUUUCAAACAUUUAGCAGGACUUGAAUCAAGCAAUGCUGGUGUUGAUGAUCGUGCAUACGAUUCGUACAUAAAUUAUUUAAGUGAUACAAAAGAUAAACUGAUGUUGUGCCUUGAAAGACUCGAGUAUGAUAAGGUUGUUCGUGAGGCUGUUGAAGAAGAACUUGCUGCAGUAGAAUCUUUGAUGAAUGAAAGAAAAUCGUAUUAUCAUGUUGACCCGAGAAAAAGCAUCGAUUUUCAUCAACUUGAUUUUGAUGCACUGAAAAGUCCAGUGUGCUCAGAUAUCACGGAGUCUGGAGAAACCAUGGCUUUGAAGGAAAACGACACUAAGGAACUGUUAGCGACUGUGAGUGAAGUAACUCUGGAUAAUGGCUUUCUUCGUGAACAAGUUUCUAUUCGAGAUGAACAAGUUUUAAGACUUUCCAGACAAGUGCAAGACCUGCAGAGUGAACUUGCAAGAUAUAAACAAAACGGAGACUUUAGUCCGGCGUUUUCAUUUCCUUCUGAAAGAUCAAGUCCAUUAGAUAAUUCUGAAUCAACUACAGUUCAUCUUGAAACAGGAGAGAAAUUCACGCGCCAGGGAAUUUUCGCGAAUAACAUCGUAGUUCCUACAGAUCGAUAUGAUGAUCCUUCGUUUUUCUCUGGUCUGAGUAAAAGUAAUACUCCUGAUAGAACUCAGGGUGGUCCAGAUGACUUGGACGGAGAGGAAACAGAAGAUAGUGAGGAUGAAGAAGAUGGCGAGGGCGAUAAUAUCUUUUUUGAACCAAUUGUACAGCUGACAACUCCAGUUGAAUUUAGGUCAGGAGAAGAGGAUGAGACGGUGAUAUUUGAAGAAAGAUCAAAGCUAUUUCGUUUCCAGAACGGCGAGUGGAAGGAACGUGGUUUAGGAAAUCUCAAGUUGUUAUGGAAUAAAACGUCUGGACAAGCAAGGAUCGUAAUGCGACGUGAAAAAGUUCUCAAGAUUUGUGCAAAUCAUUUCCUCACUCCAGAUAUGAAAUUGAGAGCUGGUAUAGGCUCAGAAAAGUCGUGGAUCUGGAGCACUCUGGCUGAUAUAUCCGAUGAUGAAACUAAACCAGAACAGUUUGCUGCCAAAUUUCAAACGAAAGAUAUUGCAGAAAAUUUUAAGACCAAGUUUGAAGAAUUACAAAAAAGAAAAGCUUCUUAUGAACCAGAGUUGCCAGCAGUCUCUCCAUUUGCGGCUAAUCCCUUAGCGACAAAACCAUCGCCAGAUCGCAUAAAUCUUCCUGUUUUAUCUUCAAACGUACCUUAUUUGUCAUCAACACCCAGUAAAUCCAAUGCUGAAUUGAAAUUAACAAAGCCUGGUGAACCGAACCUUGCUGAUGGCCGAUCUAACGGAUCUACCAUUGAAACACCAUUUACGCUCAGCAUCCCUGUUGGACUAAACCAGAAAAAUGAUGGUGUGUCUAAUGCCUUAAAUUUUUGGAACCAACCUCAGAUGUUUCAUGGAAGUCUUAACAUGCCCUUUUUUCAGUCAAACAAACCUUCAGACAGCAAACAGGAACCACAACCAUCACCCCAUCUUGAUCCUGAGCAGACUUCAUCUUCAGCUCCCCCACAAAACAGUCUAACAUCGGCCUUACAUCCACAAAACACAUUUUCAUUUACCUUUGCGAAGAAUCCCGAUGUACAAACUGUUUCUGAUAAAAAUGAAAGGAUUUCAUCAAUUCCUAGUGGUACAUCUAACGAAGAGGAAGGUAGUGAAAAUCCAAAGAAUACGAGCAUAUUCGGUGACGCUUCUAAAGUUGGAGGUUUGUCAUUUCAAGAUCUGGCUUCACAAAGCGGAGAUGGAGAGUCGUUUUCAUCACAUGGCACUGGCGGUGCAGGCUUCACUGGUUUUGGAAAACUAAUUUUCUCCGUUCCAGACAACGAACGAGAGGAACAUGACAUCGAAAACGAGGCAAAUAUUGAUUUUAAACCAAUCGUUUCACUUUCGCUUGUAAAGAAUCAGGCAACAGGAGAAGAAGGCGAGAUGGUGAAGUUCUGUGAAAGAGCCAAAUUAUUCAGAUUUGAUGUAGCAAGCAAGGAAUGGAAAGAGCGAGGUGUUGGUGAAAUGAAGCUGUUGUAUGAUCCUUCUUCUGGUAAAUCUCGUGUAGUUAUGAGACGAGAUCAAGUACGCAAACUUUGUGCUAAUCAUUUAAUCCUCCAAAGUACAAAAUUGAAAGCAAAUACAACAUCUAACCGUUCAUGGUUGUGGUACACUCCCGCUGACAUGUCGGACGGUAAACCUAAAGCUGAACAACUUGCCGUCAGGUUUCAACAAGAAGAAACUGCAUCGGAAUUUAAAACAAUAUUUGAGGAGCUUCAAUCUAUUUCUCCAACGUCUAAAGCUUGCGAUCCCGAUGCCGACCAAGACACGUCAACUAACGUAGCAGCAACUUCACAAUUGAACAGCGAUCUCAAGCUUCAAUUUCAACCUCCUGCUGGCUCAUGGGCUUGUGACACAUGUAUGGUCCAAAAUCCCGAGAAAAAUACUCAUUGCAUUGCAUGCCAAGCAACUAAACCUGGUCUGUCGAAACAACAACCAAGCAAUCAAUUCGCGUUUGCUCCAACAGGUUUCUCUUUUGGUUCAUUGGAAACAAAAGAUGACGUUUCACAGAGCGACAUAGUAAAAUCUGAUCCUAAUUCAGGAUUCUCAUUUGGUUCUCCAAGUUUCUCUUUUGGAUCACAAGCACGCGAAGAUAAAAUUGCACAAAGCGACAGUAGAAAAUUUUGUCCAAAUUCUGGAUUUAAUUUCAACGCACCUACGUCGUCAAGUAAUGUUAGUAAAGAUGUUACUUUUGAUCCUGCGAUAAGAAGUAAGGAUGCAGAAUCGAGUAAACUGGAGAAGGGAAAGCAAACGUUUGACGAGGACUAUUUUGACAGUGAGGAUACGGACUCUGAUUCUGAUAGUUCUGAGGAAAGCAGUUUUCUUAAAUUGCCUACUCGAAAUAAUACGAACGAUCUGAGUGAGAAGGAUCUUCGGUUAAUUUUCAAACACUCUGAAGGUUCAUGGGAAUGCGAAACAUGUUUAAUACGAAAUGGUGCAAAUGUAGUUGAAUGCGCGGCGUGUAAAACACCAAAGCAUUCACAUGGUGUAUCCAGUGAAACUCCUCAAAUUCUUGGUGAGAAUGUGGGUCUUGACAACAGUGGUGUCGCAUUUUGGCCAGGCAAAUCAUCCAGCACUGAGCUCACUGGUUUUAACUUUCUUGUACGUGACAACUUGUUAACAAAUCAAGGGUUUAGUUUUGGAAUGCCGUAUUCAAGCACUUUUGAUAGUACUGCUUCUGCUUUACCAGCUCAAGACAAAACAGAGCAAUCAUGUUACACCAAUGUUCACCCACAAUAUGCUUCUGAGGAUCAAAAGCACAAGUUUGAAGCUUCAGAAGGUGGAACAAAACCUGCUGACACAUUCAUAUUUGGUCAAUCUUCUUCCGAGCAAGAGAAAUCCAGUUCUUCAUAUCAAUUAGCCGGCAACACAAACAAAUCAACCUCUAAACAAGAAAAUAUAGGAUUGGGUUCUUCACAAAAUGAUAGCUUUACCUUCGGAAAGUCGUCAGGUGGUGAGUUCAGUCUUGGAAAGACGCCAAGUGAUGGGUUCACAUUUGGAGAUGGCCAAAACCAACCAUCUGGAUUUAACUUUAAUCAACCAACAAGCAAAAGUUCAAGUGAGAAUAAAGGCUAUGGGUUCGGAACUUCAGAAACUAGAGAGCCCACUAUUAGUUUCGGUGGCGUUGACAAUCAGGAUAUCGUUAAACAAUUUAGCUUUGUAUCACCUGCAACAAAUGACCAACCAAAUAAUGACAAGGCAGGUAGCUUGCAAUUAGAAAGUGAAAAACCAAUGAACAAGUCCAUUUCAACGAUGAAAGAAGAAGUUAAAAACUCUACCGAGCCUCUAUCCCGCGGUGUUUUCACUUUCCGUUUGGAUAUCCCAGAGGAACCAACUUUGACAUCGCCAAAAAACAAAGAUCUGAAUGUUAGCGAGGAUAAUCCCGAGGAUGAAGAUAAAUCUGUUGUAUUCAAACCAAUCGUUUCACUCCCGAGUCCAACGAAACAAACAACAGGUGAAGAACACGAGACAACAUUGUUUUGUAGUCAUGCUAAACUCUUCCGCUUCAGUGAAUCAUCUUGGAAAGAACGAGGUGUUGGAGAGAUCAAAGUGUUGUUUGAUUCAAGUCGACAACGUGGUCGUAUCAUUAUGAGACGAGAUCAAGUCCAUAUCGUAUGUGCCAACCAUAUAAUAUCAAAGGAUAUGGAACUCAAACCAAUGGGUUCAUCUGAUAAAUCAUGGGUGUGGCAUGUCCAGGGAGAUUUCGCUGACAAUGAGACAAAGGAACAGUUAUUUGCCGUUAAAUUUAGAGACGUAGACACUGCUUUGGCGUUUAAAUAUGCUUUUGAAAAAUGUUUAGAUGCGAAAAUGAACUUGCUGGAUGGGGUUUCUGGUAAAAGUGAAGCUGUUGUGGUUAAUGAGAUUUCUGCGACGGAAGAACAACGUGUUCGAGCCGAAAUGUUCUUGUUACCUGCAAAUUUUUACGUUUAUGAAAACCAAAAUAAACUCGCGUAUGAAGAUCGUGAAGUGGAGGAAGAUGCUCUGAAAACAUUAUCAACGGCUCAAGCAAGUGUAACUCCUGAAUCCAAUCAACAAUCAUUUAUCUUUGGUUCAACUGAUAUUACAUCAUUGUCAUUCAGUGCUCUUGCCAGUGGCAUUGGUGGAACUUCUGCUUUUGGAAAAUCGUUUCCAAAUAAAGAAUUUGCUGGAGCUGGUUCAAAACUGUUCAACCAAAAGAACAGUGAAGACCUUCGAGACGACGAUCCUGAAAGUGAAGUUAGCGGAGUUGAUUUCAAAGCAAUUGUCCAACUUGAAAAGAUUGAACAAUCAAGUGGUGAAGAAAAUGAAGACGUAAUUUACAGUCAACGUGCAAAAUUAUAUCGUUAUGAUAAAGAUACUGCCCAGUGGAAAGAACGAGGUGUUGGAAAUUUAAAACUACUAAAACAUAAAAUAACAGGACAGGUUCGUGUGUUAAUGAGACGCGAUCAAAUUCUUAAAAUAUGUGCUAAUCAUUUCUUGACCGCUGACAUGGAACUGAAAGCAAACGCAGGUUCAGAUCGUUCAUGGGUGUGGCAUACCAGUGGAGACAUAGCUGAUGGGGACCCUAAAGUUGAACAACUUGCUGUUAAAUUUAAGAAUGCUGAAAUAGCACAAGAAUUUAAAGAAAAGUUUAAUUUGUGCAAAGAAGAACUUGUGAAUGAUCCAGAUGGGAAUAAAGUGAAUGUUGAUGAAGAGGUUGAUCCUUUGAUAUUGAAACAGACAGAGAAACACGGCUUGGAUGUGGAUUUGAUGUUUAGGACUAAGGCAUUGGAUAAAACUGCAGAAACAGUCCAUGCUUCCAAGACCGAAAUAGAUCUGGGAAAUAGCGAAAAACAAAUUAAGUCCGACGACGCAACUUCGCCAAAAGAAACAACUGUUCUUCUGGCCGACGACCGCAUUUUUAGCGAAUUCAAAGACACUGAAGAACAAAAUUUGUCCACAAAUCAUGAAAAAAAACAUUUACCCGCAAAACUAUCUUUACCUCUCAAUGAUCCUGGCAAGACUCCAUCAAAGUACGCGUCACCUGAACAAAGCAAGGGGUAUUCAAGUAACCAAAUAAAAACAAGAACUUCAAGUUCUUCAACUAAAUCACCGCCAAGGGAAAUUCUUACCAGUAUCGAUCAAGCGAGUCUAAGUUCUGAGCCAGUUUCAACAGUGAACUUUAAUUUACAUUCUAUCGUCGCAAGUAAAGCAAUCUUCACUGGUCUAGAAGAAGAAGUCACAUUUCAAACGACAAAUAAUGAUGCAGGAAAAACAGACGUUGUUAAAGAACUCUUCCCCGAUCUUGAAACGAAUGGCAGUGAAAAAGAUGGGGAAAAAGAUGAACAAAUCGACUCUGACGUGAAGUCAAAUUCGCUCCCUAAAAGUGGUAAAUCGGUUUUCAAAUUUGGAUCAAACGAGAUUUCAACUUUAUCAUUUGCCUCGCUUGCUGGUCAGUCACGUGGCUUCACCGAUAAACCCGGCGAUAAAAAAGCAUUUCUUGGCAGUGGUGAAAAGUUAUUCAGUUCAAAUGAUGAAAAUGAUCCUGAAAGAGAAGUUGAAGGGUCUGACUUCAAGCCUGUCGUUUCAUUACCUCAUGUUGUUGAACAAAGAACUGGAGAAGAAAAUGAGAGUGUUGUUUAUUCUCACCGUGCUAAGUUAUAUCGUUAUGACAUGAUUGCAAAACAAUGGAAAGAACGUGGUGUUGGAGAUAUAAAAAUUUUACUUCAUCAUGAUACAAAACGAUCUCGAGUGGUGAUGAGAAGAGACCAGAUACACAAACUUUGUGCCAAUCAUUAUAUAUCACCUGGUAUGGAACUUAAGGAAAAUGAAGGCUCAGAUCGAUCUUGGGUGUGGUCAGUUGACGCAGAUUUUGCAGAUGGCGUGGCGAAGAACGAACUUCUUGCAAUUCGAUUUAAACAUCGUGAAGAUGCUGUGAUGUUUCGUGAUAAAUUUAUAGAAUGUCGUGAUGGUGAGAAAAAUGAAAUAGAGGUGAAUAAAUUGUCAAGUUUGGAAGAAAAAUCAAGGAAUGAAGACGAUGACGUUGACAUAAUCUUUGAAAAACUGCCAUCCAAAGAACAGCAGGAGCGGGCAGAACUUUAUCAAUUACCGAAGACGUUUUAUUUCUUCCAAGAUGAUUUGAACGACGAAGUUGAAAAGACGUGUGAUGGAGAUUAUGAAGUUAAUGAUGUGCAGAGUGGUGAAGAUGAUGUUGUGAUUAUUUUUGAAAAGAUUGCAUCCACAGAACAGAAAGAACGAGCACAACUCUAUCAGUUGCCACAAACAUUCCAUUUUGCCAAAGAAACUGAUGAUGACAGUUUCGUUGAAUUUGAUUCAAAAUCAUCGCAGGCAAUAAAUAAGAAAGUGGAAAAUGUCUCGGAAAUAUCGAACGUGAGCAAAGAAGAUAAUAAAAAUGAUGGUGAAGAAAGUGUUAUCACCUCACCGGGAAUUUAUUUUGAAGAUGAAAAAUAUAGAUAUAAAUUUAGUGUCGUCGAUGAAAGUCCAAUGAAAGCCAAAGAGGACAGCUCGACAACGACAACGUACGCACACUCGUUUGUGUUUGGUUCUCCUGAUACCUCUCUCAUUGAAGCCGCCGGUAAAACCUCUGGCUUUUCUUCCACUCUGAAUGAAAAACAAUCUUUGUCUCAUCCACAAACUGCUUCUCAGGAUCUAAAAGAGAUGUUUAAAGCCCCUGAAGGUUCGUGGGACUGUGAUAUAUGUUUGAUAUCAAAUCCUAAGGAAAGUGAAACCUGUCUUGCUUGUCAGACUCCCAAACCUGGUCAAACAACAUCUAGCACCUUCGUGUUUGGUCAAUCUUUCUCCGGGCAAGAGGAAAUCAGUUCACCAUUUCAAUUUGGCGGUAGUACAAACAAACCAUCUUCUGAAAAAGAAGGCAGUGUACAAUUGGAUGUUUCGCAGAGUGAUGACUUCACCUUCGGAGACACGACAAGUGGCGGUUUCAACUUCGGAAACACGACAAGUGGCGGUUUCAACUUCGGAAACACGACAAGUGGCGGUUUCAACUUCGGAAACACGACAAGUGGCGGUUUCAACUUCGGAAAGUCGUCAGGUGAUGAGCUCAGUUUUGGAAAGACGCCAAGUGAUGGGUUCACAUUUGGAGAUGGCCAAAACCAAUCAUUUGGAUUUAACUUUAAUCAACCAACAAGCAAAAGCUCAAGUGAGAAUAGUGAGAAUAAAGAACCAGGCUUUGGGUUCGGAACUUCAGAAAGAGAGCCCACUAUUAGUUUUGGUGGCGUUGAUAAUCAGGAUAUCGUUAAACAAUUUAGCUUUGUAUCACCUGCAACAAAUGACCAACCAAAUAAUGAUAAGACAGGUAGCUUGCAAAUAGAAAAUGAAAAACCAAUGAACAAGUCCAUUUCAACGAUGAAAGAAGAAGUUAAAAACUCUACCGAGCCUCUAUCCCGCGGUGUUUUCACUUUCCGUUUGGAUAUCCCAAAAGAACCAACGUUGACAUCGCCAAAAAACAAAGAUCUGAAUGUUAGCGAGGAUAAUCCCGAGGAUGAAGAUAAAUCUGUUGUAUUCAAACCAAUUGUGUCACUCCCGAGUCCAACAAAACAAACAACAGGUGAAGAACACGAGACAACAUUAUUUUGUAGUCAUGCUAAACUCUUCCGCUUCAGUGAAUCAUCUUGGAAAGAACGAGGUGUUGGAGAGAUCAAAGUGUUGUUUGAUUCAAGUCAACAACGUGGUCGUAUCAUCAUGAGACGAGAUCAAGUCCAUAUCGUAUGUGCCAACCAUAUAAUAUCAAAGGAUAUGGAACUCAAACCAAUGGGUUCAUCUGAUAAAUCAUGGGUGUGGCAUGUCCAGGGAGAUUUCGCUGACAAUGAGACAAAGGAACAGUUAUUUGCCGUUAAAUUUAGAGAUGUAGACACUGCUUUGGCGUUUAAAUAUGCUUUUGAAAAGUGUUUAGAUGCGAAAGUGAACUUGCUGGACGAGGUUUCUGGUAAAAGUGAAGCUGUUGUGGUUAAUGAGAUUUCUGCGACGGAAGAACAACGUGUACGAGCCGAAAUGUUCUUGUUACCUUCAAACUUUUACGUUUAUGAAAACCAAAAUAAACUCGCGUAUGAAGAUCGUGAAGUGGAGGAAGAUGCUCUGAAAACAUUAUCAACGGCUCAAGCAAGUGUAACUCCUGAACCCAAUCAACAAUCGUUUAUCUUUGGUUCAACUGAUAUUACAUCAUUGUCAUUCAGUGCUCUUGCCAGUGGCAUUGGUGGAACUUUUGCUUUUGGAAAAUCUUUUCCAAAUAAAGAAUUUGCUGGAGCUGGUUCAAAACUGUUCAACCAAAAGAACAGUGAAGACCUUCGAGACGAUGAUCCUGAAAGUGAAGCUAGCGGAGUUGAUUUCAAAGCAAUUGUCCAACUUGAAAAGAUUGAACAAUCAAGUGGUGAAGAAAAUGAAGACGUAAUUUACAGUCAACGUGCAAAAUUAUAUCGUUAUGAUAAAGAUGCUGCCCAGUGGAAAGAACGAGGUGUUGGAAAUUUAAAACUACUAAAACAUAAAAUAACAGGGCAGGUUCGUGUGUUAAUGAGACGCGAUCAAAUUCUUAAAAUAUGUGCUAAUCAUUUCUUGACCGCUGACAUGGAACUGAAAGCAAACGCAGGUUCAGAUCGUUCAUGGGUGUGGUACACCAGUGGAGACAUAGCUGACGGGGACCCUAAAGUCGAACAACUUGCUGUUAAAUUUAAGAAUGCUGAAAUAGCACAAGAAUUUAAAGAAAAGUUUGAUUUGUGCAAAGAAGAGUUAAAAACAUGUGAAAUAUUUGACAAUAAUGGUAAAGACAUAAUUGAGAAGCAAAGAUUAACUGAAAAGGACGAGGAUAUUCAUGCGUCUUCCUCGCUCAGUGUUUCAUUAAAGAAGAAAGAUUUGGCUUCACAAGUCACAUCUGAGACUUCCAGCGGUAGCUUGUCUUGUGAGAACUUAUGUGACAAAGGUUUGGUCUCAAGAAAUGAUACAGAAAAACUCGAGAAAAAAGAGGAAGCAAAGUCUAAAGGCAGUAGAGCUGAAAAUAAAGAGGCGAUAUUUCCUGCGAAAGAAAUACAUCACAGAUUAUUUCCCAUAUCUCCGUUCUACAGAGAUUACCUGCGCAGUUUGUCAAAUCAAGAUAUUCAAGAAAGAACUUUACAACUGCUGUUUACUCGAGAUGCUGAAGUUUACUUUUUUGACGAGACUGAAGAUAAUUGGUGUGAACGGGGAUUUGGAUCUCUGCAGAUUAUAUGUUACAAUAAUGAAUACCAUAUCUUCAUGUCAGACCAAAAGAAGACAUUUCUAGCUCACCAGAUCACUCCUGCAAUGGAUCUUAAACCAAACUCAGGGUCAGAUCGCUCAUGGGUGUGGUUUACAUUGGCGGAUCAUAGCGAUGUUGUCGUUGCUGAACGUAAAUUGGCCGCCGAGUUUCAAACUGUUGAAGAUUCGUUUGAAUUCAAGAAAAUAUUUGAUGGAUGUCGUGACGCAAGUGGAGUUCCACAUGAAGGGCAUGUUCAAGCAAUGGCCGCUAGCUUUAAUUCGAACGCACAUAAACUUCCAUCUCAUCAGCCCAAAAGCCCUGCCGCAGCUAAAUUACAACCAUGUGAUGGUUCAGAAUCUCAUUUUCAUAUCUGGCGCAUUUGUCCUGAUUGUAAAGUUGAGAAUAGUUUAGAGAAUGCAUCAUGUCUGGCAUGUGGCAAUAUUUUCACCGCGAAAGACCUUUCAGUCUUAAAGAAGAUAAGGAAGCCUCAAAUAUUCCAGCCAUCUUUAUGUAAGUUCAAAAAAGUAAAGCCGACUCCUGAAGUUAACGUAACAAGAAAGUUAACAGCCGAGAGAGCAGUCAUUGAGUGGUGGAAAUGUAUGUUUUGUGGUGUCGAAAACAACCUGGAAAAUCCACAUUGCGUUGUUUGCUUGGGCCCUAAAUAUUCGAGUUGUUCUCCGGAAAUUACUGCAAUUUUAGAUGAAAUUUCAAAGAAAUGAUUGUUGAGUGAAAUGGAUGAAAAUGUGUUACAGCAUGCAACUUUCCUUGCAACAUGCUGUUGGUUAAAUGUACAUACAAAAGUAUUACUCGUGGGGUUUAUAAUAUAUACCACAGUAUUACCUCCUACAUUCACAAUGCUGUUAUAAUGAACAAUUAUUGAAUGAGGUUGAGCAGGAUAUGAGGAAUUAUUAAGGCCGAGGUUUGUGUUAUCUGCCGAAGCCGAAGGCUGAGGCGGAUAACACAAACCGAGGCCUUGAUAAUUCCUCAUAUCCUGCGAGAACCGAAUUCAAUAAUUGUUUUAUUAUUUAUUUGCAAAAAUUUACCUUUCCUUUGAUUUAGCCAUUCGUAUUUUCCCGCUUUUAGGUUUUGGCACAAGCCGCAUAAAUUAGCGUGACGUCAUACCGUGCAAUAAUUUUUUUCAUAUCUGACGAAGUGACGUCAAACGUGCAAUAAUUUUUUUCAUAUCCGACGAAGUGACGUCACUGUCCAAAUUUGGGCAGCUGCCGAGCGGAUAUGACGAUUUCGCCAACAGCUGCUGGCCAAUCAAAACUCUUGACUCAUUUUCAAUAAAUAAUAAUUAUACUUACGUGGUGUACCUACAAGCUAAAUUACUUAUCGAUUGUCACCAUGCAAACAUACAAGAAUAUUAUUGCUUGGUAUGCUUAAUUGAUUCCUAUUGUGAAAGUUGUGGGAAUGCAAAUUCCAAAAAAAAUCACACGAUAAGAUGUAAAAUAUGAUUGGCUCGAAAAGGAACUUAAAACCUGUUUUUCUUGUUUUCUUUAUAUAAUUAUGAAAGGCAGACAAUAUUCUCUCAGAUCUCAGACUAUCAUUUUAACAAGGUCUUGCUUAGGAAAGUGCCUGAA